AUGAGCUCGUACUUCUCAUCCUUGACAUCCUCCUCCUCUAUAUCCAAUGUACUGGGCUCUCGACUUAACAGUCUCCGCCGUGCCAUUACAGUAGGCGAUGAAGGUGACGACCCUGACAACGAAGACUGCUCACACGUCUCCCACGCACUCCGCGCCUACUACAACGAAAAAGGACGUCCAUACCCUCCUUGGCUUCCUGCAGACCCGAAGGCUCCAACUCCGAGCUCUUCUCGUGUUGUCGCUACUACCCAGCUGCCUGGUCAGGCUCCCGCCGCAUCCUACGGGCGGGGUGGCGGCUUGGGUGAUCUAUGGGGUGAUUCAGCCUCAUCUCAGCCACCUCCCUCACAGACCACUAGUCUUCGUCGAGGCCGAGGUACCGCAAAUCAGCCGCCUCCACUGAAGUCCAGUGUGAGCUCCCCCGCAGGUCCGACACCUUCACCAGGUCCUCCUCUUGCACAAACGUAUUCGAACCCCAGCUCCGGCUCCCUACACCCCGCUGGAGCUCGGCCCUUACCCAGUCAGCGAACUGGAUCAUCACAAUCUAGUGUAUCUAGUCAGUCACGAACCAAUUCAGGUUCGGGUGGCUCUGCGCAGGAAAGACUGCGAGCACGGUUGCAGGGAGGUCGAUCUCCUAGCCCUGCUAAUAUGGAUCCUAGUUCUCGGAAGCCAGUUGGAGAACGACGGUGGUAA